CCAAAAUUGAAAAAUGGCUGUACACAUGUGGCAACCCUGAUUUUGCAUAACAUACAAGUUGAUGGAUCGUCAGCCACAAAAGUUCACCUCUCUCUGCGCUUUGCGUUUCUUCGUAUCCACGCGUUACUAUAAAUACCACUGGAGCAUGUCGCAUUCACCACCCAAGGUUCAACUUCGUUCACCGCGGUCCAUUCAAAAAGCCCGGAAAGCUUCGAUGCCCUCUCAACUUUGUCCGGUGGCCAUUGGUGGGUGCGAACGACCCAAUCUUUUCUGGCUCACUGUGGAGGAAUACCAAGCUUUCCAGGAUCUCUUUCAAAAAGAAAUGGUUCAGUCCGCUCGCAGUCAGCUCUUGAAGCCAUUCCUCCCCAACUCUCAUCUUGGGAUUUGGUUGGCCUUCUUAGACAAGGGUGAUCGUUGGCAUCGUGUCAAGAUCGAUACCACACCUAUCGACACCUCAGAUGGCCUAUGGCAAUGUCGGGAUCUCGACUCAGCUCAAAUCUACGUGUGCGCAGAUCCCACCAGAUUCUACCAAAUCCCAUCUCGUUGGAAGGAUAUCGUGCCUCAAUCCAUUUUGCUUGAGAUUCCAAAUCUGGUGCCAAUAAAAGGGAGCUUGUCCAUGAACACUAAGGUUUGGCAAUUUCGCUCCCAAACCUGGUCUCCACAAGCUUUCGCUGAUGUUCAGGAUCUGAUCCAAAGGUCUCUCCCCGUGAAAGCUCAUUUUAAAGAUUAUACUGAAAACCAAUUCGGCUACAACGCACAGGGUGAGCUUUUCUUCCAGGAGAAGGAUGGGAAGGCUCUUUCUUUGACCGAGUUUCUCGUGUCCAAAGGUCAUGCUAAAGUGAGUAAACCCAUGAAGAUCCGAACCUCCACGCCUGAGCCUGAAACUUCCAAGGCAACAAUUACGUACGAUUACGAAACAAACUCCUGUGUGGGAGGAAAGAUGGUAAACUUGGAUCACCUUGGAGAUCACUCGACGUUGACCGAUUGGUUGAUUGAAAAUGGAAAAACGACAUACUUGGAUCUCGAUCACUGAAUAUAUUGGGAAAUCGUUUUUAACAAGAAAA